UCUGCGAGGGGGAUAGGGGUGACCCCGGGCCCGAUGCCCGCAGCUGAAGCUCGAUUAAUCUGCGUCAUAACGUUGGCAGAAGCCCACCCUCUUCUUCAGCAUGGAAGAACAAUUACGAGCAUUAAUUACCAAAUCAGUCCCAACUGUAGCAGGCUUCAGAAUAAAGUCUCUGGGAAGUCCAAAAGGGGAGCUCAGUUUUUAACAGAACUUGCCCCGCUCUGCAGGAUAUCCUCAUCAGAUGGAGAAGAAUAUACCAUUUACAGUUGUAUACGAGGGCGACUGAUAGAAGUGAAUGAAAAUAUUCUUAGCAAUCCAGCACUUCUGCAAGAAAAGCCAUCAACUGAGGGAUACAUUGCAGUGGUUCUACCCAAAUUUGAAGAAAGCAAGAGCAUAACUCAAGGACUUCUGACACCAGAAGAAUACAAGGAAGUUUUACUGAAACGUCAGAAUUCUUCUUCAGGAAGUUAAUUAUACAGGCAGCAGCUGUGCUUGAUGCUAAAUAAGCUGCUUUUACAUUUUAUUUUUUUUUUUACAUUUUCACUUUCAUGGCAUUGAAAGGUCUGUGUGUCUACUUAUAAAAGUGGAACUUGACAUAUUUGUUUUAUUCUUGUAUGGAACAGUCAAAAUAGUUUGUAGUUUGUAUAUUAAAGUCUGUUUUCUCUCA